GACGGUGUCGAGAAGAAAGGGGCGGGGCAAAGGGAAGGCGUUAGAAAUCACCACCGACCAAGCCUCCCAACAGCAAGUUGGUUCUUCAGCAUUAAGAUCCAGGUGUCAGCCUAUGUCUUUAUACUGUCAAGAUGUCUCUUUGUAAGAAGUUGACCUUAGACAAGCUGGAUGUUAGAGGGAAGCGAGUCAUCAUGAGAGUAGACUUCAAUGUUCCCAUGAAGAAGAACCAGAUUACAAAUAACCAGAGAAUCAAGGCUUCCAUCCCAAGCAUCAAGUACUGCCUGGACAACGGAGCCAAGGCAGUAGUUCUUAUGAGUCAUCUAGGUCGGCCUGAUGGUGUUCCCAUGCCUGACAAAUAUUCUUUAGCGCCUGUUGCUGCUGAGCUCAAAUCCUUGCUGGGCAAGGAUGUUCUGUUCUUGAAGGACUGUGUAGGCACAGAAGUGGAGACAGCCUGUGCCAGCCCAGCUCCUGGUUCAGUCAUCCUGCUGGAGAACCUGCGCUUUCAUGUGGAGGAAGAAGGGAAGGGCCAGGAUCCUUCUGGAAAGAAGAUUAAAGCUGAGCCAGAUAAAAUAGAAGCCUUCCGAGCAUCACUUUCCAAGCUAGGAGACAUCUAUGUUAAUGACGCUUUUGGCACUGCGCACCGGGCUCAUAGUUCCAUGGUGGGAGUGAAUCUGCCCCAAAAAGCAUCUGGAUUCCUGAUGAAGAAGGAGCUAGAUUACUUUGCUAAAGCCUUGGAAAACCCAGUGAGGCCCUUUCUGGCUAUACUUGGUGGAGCCAAAGUGGCAGACAAGAUCCAACUCAUCAAAAAUAUGCUGGACAAAGUCAAUGAGAUGAUUAUUGGUGGUGGAAUGGCUUAUACCUUCCUUAAGGUACUCAACAACAUGGAGAUUGGUGCUUCCCUGUUUGAUGAAGAGGGAGCCAAGAUUGUCAAAGAUAUCAUGACCAAAGCACAAAAGAAUGGUGUAAAGAUUACUUUUCCUGUUGACUUUGUUACUGCUGACAAGUUUGAUGAGAAUGCUCAGGUAGGACAAGCCACUGUAGCAUCUGGCAUACCUCCUGGCUGGCUGGGUUUGGACUGUGGUCCUGAGAGCAACAAGAAUCAUGCUCGAAUUGUGGCUCAAGCAAAGCUAAUUGUCUGGAAUGGGCCUUUAGGAGUAUUUGAAUGGGAUGCCUUUGCUAAGGGAACCAAAGCCCUUAUGGAUGAAGUUGUGAAAGCCACUUCCAAGGGCUGCGUCACUAUUAUAGGGGGUGGAGACACUGCUACUUGCUGUGCCAAAUGGAACACUGAAGAUAAAGUCAGCCAUGUCAGCACUGGAGGUGGUGCCAGUCUAGAGCUUUUGGAAGGUAAAAUCCUUCCUGGAGUAGAGGCCCUCAGCAACAUGUAGUUAACAUAGUGUUACUUCCUUCUGUUUUCUUGAGGCCUUUAAUUCAGCUUAGUGCUUUUACAUCUCAAUGUGACUUUUGUUAAAAUCUACCCCUAGAUCAAGACCUAGGUAAUGGACAAGCAGUGGGUCAUCAGGAACUCUUAACAUCAGCACAGCAAUUCAUUUUAGUUUGGUCUUGCCUUCAAUUUCUCAUUUGAACUUCACCAUUGUGCUUUGUAGGGAGGUUAUAUUGUUAAGCUGCCUAUUAAAGAAAGUGAGCUGAAGAAGCUGAAUCUU